CCCAACGAGCCCUCUCUCUUUCCGUUUUCCCGGCCACCGCCCUCCACCCUCAACCCAUUCCAGAGAUCGAAGAGAAAACGGAACCCCCUUCCCAUUCCUCGUCCAUUCCUCGUCUUCUCUCUCUCUCUCUCAUCAUCAUCGCCCCCCCUCCCUAACCCCCUCCAGAUUCAAGAAGCAGCGGGGGCAGCGGCUCCGGCCCUUCGUCCGUGACCCCAACGACCAGGCCUGGGCCUUCAACGCCACCGCUACCAUCCUCAACUCCGGCACCACCAACUUGAAGGCCUGGGAGCUCCUCAUCGGCUUCCGCCACCGCGAGAUCCUCGUCUCCGCCUCCUCGGCCAUCCUCACCGAUGGCUCCUCCUUCCCCUACUCCACCCCCAACGACUCCGCCACCUCCUUCUCCGGCUCCCCCAACCCCGACCUCAAGUACCCCAUCGAGGUCGCCGGUGAUCCCUCCCAGAUCCGCGCCCAGAUCUCCAUCGGCGGCACCUUCUUCGGCUCCCCUCCCCCCGCCGCCCCCCUCCCCUCCUCCCUCUCCCUGGCCGACCCUGCCUUCUCCUGCCCCUCCCCCGCUGCCCCCUCCAACACCUCCCUCGCCACCUGCUGCCUUCCCAACCCCGACUUCACCCCCAACACCACCACCAACUCCUCCGAUGUCGCGGAGGCCCUCCCCUGCCUCCUCGCCCUCGCCGCCGCUUUCAUGAACAGGCCUUCUAGUGGCGGUGGAGUGGCACCAGCGGCCACCCAACCCCAAGAACCCCAUCGUCUUCUUCGACGUCACCAUCGGCACCAUCCCGGCCGGCCGCAUCAAGAUGGAGCUCUUCGCCGACAUCGCCCCCAAGACCGCCGAGAACUUCAGGCAGUUUUGCACCGGCGAAUACAGGAAACAUGGGGAAGACAUAGAGGAGCUUAUGUUCAGUGGGAAAUUGAGCUACUUGGCUUUGAAAUGCCUAAGGUUCUUUUGACAGAGGAAAUCUCUGGGUCUCUGCGUAAGCUGAAGGUUGGUUCAUACCAUGCAUCAUCUCUAUUGGUGGCAUCAAGACCCCCAACAGCUGGGGUACUCAGCAGGGGAAUUGGUAUGGAAGGUGUCUCUAGUGUCUUAGCUGGUGUCUGGGGAACAGGAGUUGGGUCGACAACACUUACAGAAAAUGUGCACACCAUUGCUGUAACCAAAAUGGGUAGCCGGAGAGCAGUUGAGUUGGGUGCCGUCAUUCUGAUACUGUUAUCAUUUGUUGGUAAAGUUGGAGGAUUUAUUGCUUCUAUCCCUGAUGUAAUGGUUGCUGCUCUUCUUUGCUUUAUGUGGGCCAUGCUUGCUGCUCUGGGCCUGUCAAACCUCCGUUACAGUGAGACAGGAAGCUCCAGAAAUAAUAUCAUAGUUGGGCUCUCAUUGUUUUUCUCCUUAUCUAUACCUGCUUACUUUCAGCAAUACGGUCUUGUUCCUAAUGCAAACUCAUCCGUGCCCAGUUACUUCCAGCCAUAUAUUGUUGCAUCUCAUGGACCUUUCCGGACGGGAUUUGGAGGGGAAAUAGUGAUCUGACUUUGAAUAAUUUUGGGAUUGGAAUCUGGUUGUGAAAGUCAAACAAAAGGAGUUAUUAGUUUUGGAGUUGGCUUCUAUGUACCGUAGAAAGGCAGGAAUUUUAAUGUGUCCAAAUGAUGUUUGAUGUAGACAGGGAUUUUGAUUUUAGACAAAAUACGUAGGUUUGAUGGUUGGAUGAAUUCUUUGGAAGCUAGCAGUGUGGAUUUGUGAUGUUUAUCAUUUUCUUGAAGCAUGAAUUGAAAAGAUGAUGAAAAUUUGUGGGAAUGACUGAUGCUAAUAACAUGACAAUUCUCUUGUUCUCUCA